AUGCACGACGCUGAGACUACCGUAGACUCUCUACUAAAAGAGAUAGAUAAUGAAAUGGAACAAACGAAAACCCAUGUUAUGCAGAAAGAUUCUGAAGAUAAAUCUAACAAUUGGAAGCUCCCACUGCAGGAAAUAGGUGAUGAGACAAUGGAAAUGCUGGUCAAACACAAUACUAAGUCGAAUUGUAAUGCAACGGAAAAUAGUAGGGGUCGAUCACCUUCAAAGAGAUCUGUUCUCUCUAAUGAAAGCUUCAGUCUGGACCUCUUGUGUGUAAAUUCUGAACUUGAAAAAUCUCCAGCUAUAAUACAGAAGGAACGGAUUAGAAGCUCGGUUGCUAAUGACUCAUCACCUUCCACCAAUUCUCCUAAAGUGCUUAAUAACCUGAAGAAUAUGGCACAUGAUAUAGACGACCUGACUCGUGAAGAAGGAAAGGUUCCAAAACUAAAUAGCUCUCCUUUUAAAUUUACUUUGAAAUCGACGCAGCCUCUACUAUCUUAUCCGGAAUCGCCCGUUCAUAGAAGUUCAAUUGAGAUAGAAACUAAUUAUGACGAGGAAGAUGAAGAUGAAGAAGAUGCAUCUACAUAUUUGUCACAAUCACCUCAAAUACUACAUUCUCCAUCAAGAAUUCCGAUAACGAACGCCGUGUCGAUCAAUAAGCUUAAUCUCGACUUCUCAUUGACUACCACCAAAUCUGACAUGAGGAUAUCAUCAGAUACCUCCGCGGACAACAUAGAACAAGAGUUAGAUACGAGGACAAUUCCUGAAUUACCAUACUGUAUGUCGUCUACACCCGAAAUGAUGCCGGUCGAUAGGAAAUGUAACGUUCCAAGAGAAUUGUCGAAUAUUAAUAAGAGAUUACAUUCGGAUUCAAGAUCACCGACGGCGUCUGUUGAAGAUUUGGGUAUUUCAAUGAAUCUUACAGAGGUUAGUGAUCAUCUGGAUAAUUCAGUCACUACCAAUACAGAUGCGCUUAUUGAAAAUGAUGUGGUGCAAGACCUAAAACACAAUAUGGAUCAUAUCGAUGAAGCUUUUAAUGAAAGGAAAGUUUUCAGCGAAUGUUUUGAUGAUUCAUCAGUCGAUAUUUUGGGCAACACCACAUCAGCCAUUUAUCGUACUAAUGAGGCUAUUAACAAUGUUGAAGGUUUUUCAGAGGAAGAAUUAAUGAGUCUCAGUGGAUCCAAGUGUGAUGACGCCAAUACUGGACCUGAUGGUGCAGAGAAUGAAGAAAAGGCAGAAGCUGGUGCAGAUAUUUCAACAUCUUCGAAGUCAGAGGAUGGUUUUGUCAAUGACUACAAGAAAGUUAAACAGGAAGAUCAGGAUAGCAAUGAGUCUCGCCACGAAAAUGAACAGGAAAAUGAACAACCAACGACACCUCCUCAAAAAGAUGCUUCGGAAAAAAUGUCUGCUGAACCAAAUAACCAAAGUAGAUUACAUGAAAACCCUUAUGAUGAAGUGGAGAAUGAGACGGUUCGACCCAAAGAAAGUCGGCUCGUACAAAUUGCAAGCAGCUCAGAAGAUAACCAUAGCUUGGAUGGGGAAAGUAAUAAUCAUAAUGGAGAAACUACUAAAGUCAAUAGUCAAUUGAUAAGAAGCUAUCCAGAGAGAAGCGAUUCAUUAUCGUUACCUGAAAAUAUGUUCGCGAAUGAGAAACAUGAUAACGCUUGCAACGAAGAAAAGGAAAGUGAGAUGAAGAGUACGGAUUUUAUAAACGAGGGGAAAGAAAAUAAAUAUGAAAGUAUUGAAGAAAAUGAAGAGCAAGAGUACGUUCCUCUUCUACCACCUCUGCCAAGAUGGGAAGCAAUUCAAUUUAACGAGCCAUUUACUGAUGAAAUCGAUAGCUCCAAUGAUUCCAUCGAUUUAACCAGAUCUAUGAAACCUUCGGAUUACAUUUCUAUCUGGCAUAUCCAGGAAGAAGAAAUCAAGUCUACCUCACCAGAAUCCAUCGCUAAUUCUCAAUUUUCACAACAAUCCUCAGUGACUACGGUAUCCACAAUCGAUUCCAAGAAAGAAAAUGGACCAACAGUGUUUAAAUUCAAGCCCAGAAUAGUUAGCAGAAGUAGGAUUUAUAAUCAGAAAAGCAGAGUUUCUUCAAUAAAUCAUUGCGAAAACGACGAUUACAUUUUAAAGAACAACGAAUGGAAUGCUUUGGAUCCUAUGAGAAGAAAUACUCUUAUAUCUAAAAGGAUUCAAGAUAAUAUAAGAACUCAAAAAGGCCUUGCACCAUUUACAAGACCAACCAUCAUGAAAACUCAUGACGAAAACCCAGGAUUUAAGAAUCAUAUUUUUGGAGGAGAAAAAUCGGAAGAAAAUGAAGAUGCUACAUACAAUAUGCAGCUAGACGAACAAGAGAUUACAAAAGAUACUCAAGAUGAGGCUGAAUUUUUAGGCUGUGAAAUAGAGAGUGCAGGUGAUAUAACUUUCAAUAAAAGCGAUUUGCUAUCUUUAUCUAUUGAUGAGGAACUAGGUCAAGAUUUCGCUAACUUUCUAGAUGCAUUAGAUCAUGACUCUACAUCCUUAAAUCAUGGACUAGAUGAUGGAACCAGUUUUAACAGGGAUAGUUCGAAAAAAAGUUUCAAUUCUCUUUGGGAAAAUAGCUAUGAACUAAAAGCACCCACAUCUGUAAGAAAUCAAUCUAUUGCCCCAGAUGUUCUUCAAAAAUUACUAGAAUCAGAUACCAAAAACGACACAGAAUUAGAAAAAGAUAAAAAGGAGGGAUCCAACGAACUACGUAGUGGUUUGGGUAUUGGGACAUUGAAGACACCAGUUAAAGAUGUUUCAGUUGCACUAGCAGCAAGUAUCAGAGGGUAUGAAGCGAGUUUCAGUGACACCUACUCUCGUCCGGAAGAAAUGGACAAUAGUGAUGCGAUAACUUUGAACAUGUUCGAUAAUUUCGAAGAGGAUAUCAUGACUCCUUGUACCCCAACUCGUAGUAUAAGUCCAAUAAAAAGGCAUAUUAGUAGUCCAUUUAAAGUUAUCAAGGCUGGAAACAAACAAAUGUGUGAUAUAAUAAAUGGCGAGUCUGAAGAAGAAGUAGAAUCAAACAAGGAGGAAGAAGCAGAUGAUUCGAAGCAAGUUAUAUCUUUAUCAUUGACGCAAACAAAAGAAGGCGUCGAAAUGAAAGAAGAAAUGAAAACCCAACUUCAACAACCACAAGAUGCAGAAGAAGAUUUCCCAGAUAUGGGAACACUUUAUUUAAGUGUAAAGGGUAUCUCUACGCUUGCAUUAUAUGGAACUAAAAGUCAUAGAGCAACAUAUGCUAUUGUUUUUGACAAUGGAAAAAACGUCAUCCAAACACCCUGGGAAUCACUUCCUUAUGACGGAAAUAUCAGAAUUAACAAGGAAUUUGAACUACCCAUGGAUAAAAUAAAUAACAGUGAACCUUCCUCCCCCAUUUCGAAAGGAAAUAGUUUUAAAAAAUGUGUUAUCACAUUAAAAUGUAAAUAUGAAAGGCCUCGACAUGAACUAGUCGAAGUUGUAGACAAAGUGCCAGUGGGUAAGAGUUUCUUUGGCAAGACAAAGUAUAGGUUUGAAAAGAAAUAUGUGCAGAAAAAAGCAAAGCAGGAUGAAUGGGAUUAUCUGUUCGCCCAAGAUGGUUCAUUUGCUCGUUGUGAAAUUGAAAUUGAUAAUGAAUUUUUGAGUAAUGUCGCAUUCAGUAAUAAUCAUAUACGUUAUGAUAUGAUCAAUAAGUGGAGCCGAAUCGCAGAUAAAAUUCAUGGCUCAAAAAAGCUGUAUGAACUGCCACGCAAGGCGCCUCACAAAGUGGCUUCGUUGGAUGUGGAAGCAUGUUUUCUGGAAAGAACUUCAGCUCUUGAACAAUUUCCCAAACAGUUUUCAUUGGUCGACAAGAUUGUUUCCAAAUACAAACAGCAGCAGAGUAUAUAUAAAGAAGGAUACUUAUUGCAGGAUGGUGGUGACCUAAAAGGGAAGAUAGAGAACAGGUUUUUCAUACUGCGCGGUUCGCAACUGUCUGGCUACCACGAAGUGUCCAGAAAAGCCAAGAUCGAUAUUAAUCUAUUGAAAGUUACGAAAGUAUUACGUAAUGAAGAUAUUCAGACAGAUGAUGGUGGGCAAAGAAAUUUCACAGAUUGGGUACUAUUUAAUGAAUGUUUCCAACUUAUAUUUGAUGAUGGCGAAAGAAUUACAUUCAAUGCAGAAUGCUCCGAUGAGGUAAAGAAUGCUUGGUAUUGCAAGCUGAAGGAAGUUGUUGAGUUGAAUGUUUUCCAUCAACCUUGGGUGAAGAAAUAUUGUGAAAGGUUUGCUAUAGAGGAAAAAAAGAGAAUUACUAUCAAUGAGUAA